GAUGUCAGUUCUGAAGUGAUUUCAGCACAACCGCAACCUCGCAGUUUUACGAGCUCUUUGGAAAAAGCGAGUUAGUGUCACUUCGGCGAGUUAUUCUGCAUAAUUUCCCCUGUAGCUUCCAGCUGUGUGUAUGAUACGCUGAGUUUUGUCAGUUUUGCACUGCGCAGGGACUUGAAACGGCCAGCAGAGCGGAUAAAUCUGCUGUUCGCUCUCGCUGCUAUAACGACGCGAGCUGUUCGGGACCUCCGACCGAACAGAGCCGGAGCGCGACUUCAGAACCGCAGUCAAAGCGCUGUAAGCCGCACCGAUGGGUGCGCACAGGAACGAGGGCCGCAGAGACUGGCUCCAGCAGGACGUCGCCGAGCAGGACGUGGCUGAGCAGCAGGUUCAGUCCGUGAACCCAUGGAACAUCAUGAUCAAGCACAGACAAGUUCACCGCAGGGGUCGACGCUCACAGAUGACCGUGAGUUACACAGAUCCUGUUAUUUCUAUGGACCUCCUUCGGAAGGUUCUGCAGCCCAGCUUCAAUGAGGACAUUCUGGCCGUCUUCAGAAAAUAUAUGAAGUUUUUUGAAAAGGCAGCCAGCAAUGUCAAAGAGAACGUGGGAGAAGAUGUACAAACGGAUCAUCUUAUCAGGGAGGCUUGUCGAAACUGCUUGGAACAUGCAAAACAGCUUUUUCCAGAAGCAGAGAAAACUCCCCAAAGACCUGUUUUCGAUGCCUCAGUGAAGCGCUCACGGCAGAUGGAGGAUGAAUCAAGUCAAAGAGGCAGCCCAAUCCCAAAAAAGAGAAAGGGACGUCCCCCUGGGCAAGUUAUAUCUUAUGACAGAACUAUACAGUACAGCACUCCUGUAAAAUUCUCCUACAGGAUAAAGCCAAAGACAUCUGAGCCCAUAAAGCGAGAAGGACCAAAGUGGGAUCCCGCCAGGUUGAAUGAGAAAAGCACGUUUGUUUUGGGAUCCAGAGCGAACAAGGCUUUAGGGAUGGGUGGCACCAGAGGAAGGAUCUACAUUAAACAUGCAGACCUCUUCAAGUACGCUGCUGAUGCUCAGGACAAACACUGGCUUGCAGAGCGGCAGCACAUGAGAGCCACAGGUGGAAAGAUGGCAUAUCUGUUAAUCGAAGAGGACAUCAAAGAGCUUGCUUUAAGUGAAGAAUACAAAGACUGCCCUGACUUGAGGCUGGAUGAGCUGAAACCAUUCGGGGUGCCGAUAUGGAUGGUAGAGAAGAUGCAGAAGGCAAUGGAAUCUCAGAGGUCUGAGAAAGACUAGAAGAAUGAGAGCCCAGCACAUUUUAGGUUAUACGUUCUUUUCUGGGAUCAGUUCCCUCUCGUCUGUAUAGUAUGACUUAUUUUAAGUCAUAAUUAUAAUCAUAUUGAAUAAAAACGAGAGGAAACUGAUAGAGAAUUUUGAUAGAUACAUUUCCUAAUGUCACAAAAAAUAUCAACCUUUUAAACCACAAUAGAAGUCACUGGACCAUUGCACUUGACCACAGUGCAUUAUUGCAUUAUUUUUGAUUUCCGUUUGUGGUUUUCGUUAUUGACUCUGGCCUUACAAUCAAGCUUAGGAAUUUGUUGCUUACCCUCAUGCUGGAAAAAGUGUGAACUGUAAGAUGUUCACCAGUUUUGUUUUCAUAAACCAGUAUUUAUAGAGAUAAUGUUAGACUGAAACAGUUUAGAUGUUUGUCUUCCUUUUUUCUUUUAUCAGCAAAAUACCUUUUUGUAUGAGAAAAUAUCUGCAUAUGUGUAAACUCAGUGGUACUGCGAGUGCUUUCUUCUGUGAUUUUGGCUUUUUUUAUUUUCCUUUUAUUUUUUUAUUGGCUUUUUUUAUUUUCCUCUUUAAAGGACUUUUUCAGUGUUUUUUCUGAAUUUCUGCAUAAUUCAGUGGGCGAGAUAUAAACUUGGUUCAUUCUUUAUUCAGAGUGGUUUGAUGUGAAAUGGUUGAUUGUGGAGACUGAGAUUUCCAUACAGUGGUGGUGAUGGGAACCAGGCGUUACGAUGUCUGCAGCACAAAUAUUAUCCAUUUUAUUUACUAUCCAAAACAUGUGAACCUACACGUGUCUUCUGAACUUUUCUAUGUAAUGGUGAUGAUUGUGAAAUAGUCCAAAAAAAUAAGCUUUAUAUAUGUGUAUAUGUAUGUGUGUGUGUGUGUAUGUGUAAGUAUAUGUAUAUAUACACAGACACACACACACACACACACACAUAUAUACAUAUAUAUGUAUGUAUGUAUAUGUGUGUUUUAGGUGAACAAUUUAUUUAACAACUUCUGUAAGAGCUUUUAGAGGCACAUGUCUGAUUCCUGUCACCACCAGUAAUUCUGUUGGGUGUCUCUGGAACAGGGUAUUUUACACCAAACCACUCUGAAUGUUUAUAUCUAUACCAUUUAAUUAUAUGGAAAUUUUGAAAAACUGGUGGAACACUCCUUUAAGUUUAUACCUUGUUAAUAUUUUUUUUUUUUUUUUAACACAGUGCUGGAACAUUUUUUACUUAUCAAAGGGAAUUCAUUCAUUUUGUCUAUAAUUUCUCUUUUUCACCUUUUUAUUUACUGUUUAAUACUCCAAAAAAAAGGAAAUUCUUCUAUUCAAGCUACAAAGGUAUUGUAGUAUGCCAUGUGCAGUGUAGCACAGUACACAUUUAAAAGGUGGCUCUUCAAGAGUUCUUAAGUAAAGGCAAUGGUUCUAUAUAGAACCAUGAGUUCUAUAUGUAACCAUUUCAUGCUUAAAAGGUUCUUUGCAUGGUGAAAUGGUUCUUUACAUUGACUGAGAGUGUGUUGUAUAUGGUUCUAUAUAAAAUGUUUGUGCUAUUUGGCACCAAAAUCUGUUCUGUAGUUGCAGGUUCUGUAUAGAAUCGUUCAGCCUACAACACAUUCUCCAUCCGUUUCACCGUGCAGACAACUAUUUAAGAAUGAAGUGGUUUUAUACAGAACUCAUGGUUUUGAAUGGGACCGUUGCGUCUACUAAAGACUCCUUGUAGAACCAUCUUUAAACGUGUACUUACUGUAAUUAUUUUAUGGGUAAAUGAGAAAAACGGGUUUUACAGUGAGGAAAGAAAGAAAUACUGUACGUUGUUUAAAAAAAUCUGUUACACUUUACAUUGAAACAGAAAAAAAAUAUCAGUUUAUUUCCUAAACAAUAAAUAAUGUU